AUGUUUACGUUCAAGAACAUCGCUGGCCUGGCCCUAUUGGCACAGUCUGUGACUGUCCAGUCUAUGGACCUUGAUAGCACAAAGGGCAUUCUCGAGGCUUCCAAAGCCCUGGCCGGGGACCUUAUUGAGUUGUAUAAUGGCAACAACAGCAGUAACGUUCCGGGGCUCCUGGAAGAGUAUCAUGAACCGGGCGAUGGUUACUAUUGGUAUCAGUCGGGAGCUUUCAUGAGCGCCUUUGUCGAUUAUUGGCAAUUGACCGGCGACGACACCUACAACGAUCUUGUUUCAGAAGGUAUUCAAUGGCAGGUUGGACGAGACAAAAAUUUCAUGCCAGCCAACCAGACCAGGCAAGAAGGCAACGAUGAUCAGGCUAUCUGGGCAAUGGCUGCCAUGACAGCUGCUGAGUAUGAUUUCCCUGCGCCAUCGGACAAGAAGGCCCAGUGGUACAAUCUCGCCAGGAACGCCUGGGAUACGCAGCGCAAACGAUGGGAUGCCGAGGAGGACAGCGAGGUUUGUUACGGUGGUCUACGAUGGCAGAUCAUGCCCACCAAUGUUGGUUUUACUUAUAAGCAAACUUUGUCGACUGCGCUGUUCUUUAACUUGGGAGCACGCAUCUAUCGAUGGACUGGUAGCGAGGAGGUCGCCGAUUAUGUCACGAUGGCCUACUCAUGGCUCGACGAGAGAGGUCUUAUCGACAGCAAGACUGGCGCUGUUUACGACGGUGCACGCGUUGAUGAUAACUGCACUACUAUCAACAAAUUCCAGUGGUCGGUCAAUGCCGCGUCACUUUCCAUGGGCCUCGCCUACUUGUACAAUACUACCUCUCGCGAGGACGAUACAUGGAAGAGGCUUACCGAGGAAAUGGUCACGACCACUCUUGACACUUUCUUUACCAAGAAUGGCGAAUUCAAAGAGGUCUCAUGCACAAAGGACACUUGCCCCCGUGAUAUCCUUACUUAUAAGGCCCUCACUCACAGGUGGCUCGCUGUGACCACCAAGCUUGCCCCCUUCUUGUCCGACAAGGUUCUGCCUGUCCUUGUCAAAUCAGCCAAGAGCCUGAAGGCAGAGAGCAACGGCAAGGACGCACUGGAGCAGAAGCUUGCCAACUUUGCCGUAGUUUCCAACUUGCUGAUUGCGGACUCUGCUGGCCCCAUGACUCAAAACGAAACCAAGACAGAGGAUGAUUCCUCCGAUACUACUGGCUCAGCUACUACCAGUGCGGCUCCCACCAGCUCCGAUACUGCUGCAUCAGCGACAACCACUGCCGAUGAAGGCAACUCUGCUAUUGGCCUUGCAGGUUCGGGUGGCCUUUUGGCUAUCUCAAUGCUUAUCGUGGCUUUCCAAGGGUACCUGUAG